GUUGCUCAACUUGCGCCUUUUGUUCAUUUGCAUCACGUUCUUAGGCGCCAUGUUGGGCAACGCUCUGAUGCUUCUGACUUACAGCUUAGUUUCGCCCACCCUUGCAAUGCUGCUGGUGAUGAUAGUGAUUGUGGCCUUGUGCGCGAAGGUGUCAGGCCAGAGUGCUCUGGUGGUGGACUGCGGUGGCAGCGCCAAUUCCGCCAGAGUGGGCGGGUUGAUGCAUACAGCCGCCGCUGUGAGCGGAUCUGUGAGCAAUUUGGUGGUUGGCUACUUCUUGGACACGCCGAACUUGGGAUACCUCGGCGUAUUCACCUUAACGAUCCUGGUUUCCUGCCUGGGGCUGGCAACCGUUGUUCAAACGGCUCAGGUCGACGUCAUUCGGCAAUCUGAGGAGAGCAAGUGAGUUCCGGCUCGACCAGCGAUUCAAAA